CCUUGUGAUUAUUGGAAAUGGAGGUAAACAUGGUGACCACUGAUGCAGGUCAAGUUGAAGCAAAUCAUGAAUCAUUCUUUGAUAGGUAUGCAGAACUGAAGGCUUUUGAUGAAUCAAAAGCAGGUGUGAAGGGACUUGUUGAUGCUGGUUUAUCUAAAAUCCCAAGGAUAUUCAUUCAUGAGCAGCAUAAACUCAACAAAUCUUCCUCCUCUUCUUCUCCUUCUUCUUCUUCCCUUGACACCAAGCUUAAUAUUCCUGUCAUAGACUUGGGAGAUCUACUUGCAGACACUAGUUCACGCAAUAAGAUUAUAGAGAGAGUCAAAUAUGCAUGUGAGAAAUGGGGGUUCUUUCAAGUGGUCAAUCAUGGUGUUCCAUCCAGUGUUUUAGAUGGCAUGCUUGAUGGGGUGUGCAGAUUUCAUGAGCAGGACACUGAAGUGAAGAAAGAAUUCUAUACGCGUGAUUUGACCAAAAAGGUAUAUUAUAUUACCAAUUUUGAUUUGUAUGCAUCACCAGCAGCAACUUGGAGGGACACCCUUUCUUUUAUAAUGGCUCCUCAGCCUCCUAAUCCUGAAGAACUUCCUGAUGUUUGCAGAGAUAUCACAAAUAGGUACUCAAACUAUGUCAAGGGACUAGGGACAAUUCUGUUUGAGUUGCUUUCUGAAGCAUUAGGCCUCAAUCCAAGUUACCUCAAGGACAUAUAUUGUGCAGAGGGACUUUUCAUUCUUGGCCAUUAUUACCCACCUUGCCCUGAGCCAGAACUGACUAUGGGCACCAAUGGUCAUUCUGACAGUAGCUUUCUCACUGUUCUCUUACAAGACCAACUUGGUGGCCUCCAAGUCUUGCAUGAAAACCAGUGGGUUGAUGUCACCCCCAUUCCUGGUGCUUUGGUCAUUAACAUUGGUGACUUGAUGCAACUAAUCACCAAUGAUAAGUUUAUCAGUGUCCACCACAGAGUUCUGGCCCAAAAAUUAGGUCCAAGAGUUUCUGUUGCAAGCUUUUUUAGGCAGCGUCUUCAACCUGAGACUUCAAGACUAUAUGGACCUAUAAGUGAGUUGCUGACAAAGGAGAAUCCUUCAGUUUACAAGGAAAUCACAAUACAAGACUUUUUGGCACACUUCUUUGCCAAAGGGAUAAAUGGUACCUCUACACUUGAACGUUUCAGGCUGUCUAACCAUUAGGAUAAUCUUGGAAGUAAGCACCUUCAAGUGGAGCUUGAAAGUUGUUAUUAUGAGAAAUCUCAC